UUGGAUUAACCCCCCGUACAUGUUCUAGAUUAAUUGCAAUUUAAGUUGUAUUUAUUAAUAGAGUUUAAGAAAUAUAGGGUUAAUAUCUAAGGUUGUUAUUUCUUCAUGUAAUAAACAAUGUUCUUGUAGUGCUUUCAUAGGCACCUAGACAUUUAUUUUGCGUUUGAAAUUAUUGUGUUAUAUAGUAUCAAAAGGGUACUUAUUGCAGUUAACUGGUUAUGGUUACACACUUCCUAUUUUGUUUCUUGAGAAAAUAUUCCGAAGCCUUACGCAUGUGUGUUUUUAGAAAAACUUUAAAUGAUUAUGAUUUUGAUUUUUUAACAACGUAAAGGUCAGAACUGUUUAUAUAAAGAUCAAACGUUGAAGUUGGAUACCACAGAAACGUUUAAACCAGAACAGCUAACUGAAAUAGAAGCGCCGUGAUAAGGAAAAAAGGGGUAGUUCUAACCCAGUCAUGAUCAUGUCAUAGACAAGAGGUUGAUUGAGGAACAAAACCGAUUAUAGACUGGAGCCAGAUUUUGUGGAAAAGCAUAUUGUAGAAGCACAGCUCUGAAAAUACAAACUUAGGAAAUACAUUUUGGGGAAAUACAAAUUGCCGCCAUGACGGAAGAGACCGAGAGGCAGCUAAAGAUGGCAAAGCUGGCGUAUACACAGAACAAUAUAACUGAGUUAAAGACUGGAGUGUUGAUGUUGUUCGAGCAAUUCAGCACAAUAAUGGGAGCCACAGAGAAAAGCAUCGAAUGCAAGGACAUGCUCAAGCGAUUUGACAAUGUGGACCAUAAAGUGUGGACCUCAAUCCGAGAUAAAUACGUCCACGAUGAGUUUUACGAAUAUCAUAGGGGGAAUUUCACAAGCGAGGAACUCAAAGAUCCAGCUAAAGUGCUGUUCGAUUUCACCAACGAGAUGCAUUUGGUAAAGGACGCAGUAGUGCAGAAAAUCGAGGACUGUAUGAACAAGGAAUACCAAUUGAAUCAAGAAAUCAAAGGCCUUCAAGAUGAUCUGUGGAAAGUCAAGAAUGACAAUACGAACAUGCAAGUACAGAAGAACGCCGAUAGGGCAGAGAUGAACGUAUCCAAGGCAACGACGGGUCACUACGAGAAACUGAUCAAUGAAAAGAAUGAACAAAUUGCUCAGUUAAAAAGAGAAAAUACAGUGCAAUUAUGGGCUAAAGAAAAAGAAAAGAUUUUACAUGAUGCAAAUAUGAAAGCAACUAAACUCGAAAGUGAAAUCUUACAACUAAAAACAGAAAACCUCGAUAUGAAAGUAAGAAUGCAGAAAAAAAUAAAUGAAUUAGAAGAUUCAAACCGGAUGAUGAAAAUGAAAUCAGAAAUGAGAAUCGGACCUUCUAAAACAGAGAAAAAAUCGGAAACGGAUCAAUUAAAGAAUAAGCUCCACUAUAUGGAGAGAGAUGUUAAUAAGAUGGAAAAUGAGCUUGCAAAUCAACAAAAAUACUACAUUGGCAUAUCUAAUGGUCUACGUGUAGAUCACAAAAAAAAUAUGGAAGCCUUGACAGCAAAUGAAUCCCGUUGUCCAGAUGUUCUAGUGAUGAGCGAAUUAAAGAACUAUCAAGCGAAUUUAGAAAAACUUUAUAUUGCUGUACAGGAGGGACGGUUGAAUGAAUUCAGAGCUGACUUACCCGAGCAUUACAUAGCUACAAAUGUGGAUGUGAAAAAAUCCCCGGUAAAGAUGUUCUCAAAAUUAUAUAUUGAAAAUACGGAACAGACUAAGUUUCAACCUAUAAAAGGUGACAUCUCAACAAAGAAGAAUCUCAGAGAAGAAGAUGAAUCAGACAGUGAUGAUGAUGAUGACGUUGGUCUUAAAAAGAGACUGAAUCUCCCAGAUAACCCAACUAUGAUCAACAAAAACGGAAGCAUCAACAUGAUAAAUGCGAUGAAGUACUUUCCACACAUGUCAGCAUCUUUUAUUAAAGAGCAAUACCAACAGUUUAAACUCUAUGACGAAGAUGGCAAUGGAAAAUUAGAUCUCACCGAGCUCAUGGCUGCCAUGACAACAACAAUAGGUCAACAGUUCACACCUGCUCAAAUUAAGGAAGCCAUGUGUGAAGUAGACAGAGACAAGGAUAAUUCGUUAGAUUUCCAUGAAUAUUUAUUAAUUUCGUCCAAUCUCAUUAGAAGACAAGGAAGAUCGGAUGUAUUUAGGAGUGCCUUGGCCAAAGAACAGGGAAAGGCUGUAUCCAAAACGUGUGUGAUACAGUAGAAACAAGAGGCCGAAACAAGAUCUCUGAGUUGAGAUGAAGUCAAUUUUGAUAGAGAAUUACUUUGAAUAAAUUAGGGUGUUCAAAGCAGGCGAGUCGCCUGAAUAAUGUUGCAUGGAAUAAUGGAAUAGAACCUCGAUUCUGUUUUUUUGGAACUGAGGUAAUGAUUAAGAGGAACGGCGGAGUGGGGGGGGGGGUAUUCGUAUGGCGCCGUUAGAGGUGAAAUUCUAGGAUUGGCGCCAGACUGCGUACGAAUUUGCCAUUAUGAUGUAGCACUAGGCUACAAC